GUGUUUGAAGUGAAUGUGUGUUUGUUUUGAUUGAUUGUAAGCAUCGGUUGAUUGCAAUGAAAAUGAGAUUCAAUGCAGACAUGAGUUCAUUUGAUUCACUCAUUCAACACAAUCUCAACAAACAAUUGAUGGGUUACUCGAAGAAGAAGAUCCAGAAUCACAAGUUUGGCAAACAAUUGAAAAACAACGUGAAGAGGACAUGGAUGAGCCGAGACAUGACCGCAAACACCAUGAAAUGCGCUCCUAAUCUGAUGGCCAAGUCGUUGACAACUCUGAGGAAUGAAUUGCCCAUCAGUUCAGUGAGGGAUCAGAUCAUAUCAGUGGUGAAGAAGUGCGAGACAGUGGUGUUCUUGGGGGAGACCGGGUCCGGGAAGACGACACAAAUACCGCAAUACUUGUAUGAAAACAAUUUUGUGGCCAAAAGCGGACAAAACAAUGGUAUGAUUGGUGUGACUCAACCCCGAAGAGUGGCCGCCAUUACGAUCGCUGAACGAGUGGCUCAAGAGAUGAACGUUCAGAUCGGAUCAGUUGUCGGCUAUUCGGUUAGGUUUGAAGACAUGUCUUCACCGCAAACUAAAAUCAAAUACUUGACCGACGGAACCCUUCUUCGAGAAGCCAUAAGUGAUCCUCUUUUGCAUAAAUACAAAGUCAUUGUCUUAGACGAGGCACACGAGCGCACCGUUCAGACGGAUCUGCUGUUAGGUGUCAUCAAAAAAGCGCAACAACUCAGACAUCAACAGCAGAGACCUGUUCUUAAAGUGAUAGUCAUGUCUGCGACCAUGGAUUGCGACCACUUUUCCCAAUACUUCAAUAAAGCGCCCGUUUAUUACAUAUUAGGCCGACAGCACACCAUUCAGAUGAUGUAUGCGAAGGAAAAACAAAGCGAUUAUAUGAACGCCGCUCUCGUUUCGGUCUUUCAGAUACACCAAAACGAAGACAUCGGAGAUAUUCUGGUGUUUAGUACCGGAGAGGAAGAAAUAGAAUCAAUGAUACGUUCUGUCAAUGAAGUCAUUCCUCAACUGCCAUUAGAAUUUCAGAAACUCAGAGCACUUCCACUCUAUUCAGCCCUUCCCAUCCCUCAUCAACAAAGGGUUUUCAAACGACUCGAAAAUGGCUUUCGAAAAGUGAUUUUUGCCACAAAUAUAGCCGAAACAUCGAUCACCAUUCCCAACAUCAAAUAUGUUGUCGAUUCCGGGAAAGUCAAGUCUCGGUCCUAUAACUCAGUCACUGGAUUUGAGACAUUAAAAAUUCAGUCCAUAUCUAAAGCACAGGCGGCUCAGAGGGCGGGCAGAGCCGGCAGGGAAAUGAGUGGUGUUUGCUAUCGACUGUACACUAUAGAGGAAUACAAAGGAUUCAGAGAUCACGCCAUUCCAGAGAUUCAAAGGUGUAAUUUAGCCAAUGUUUUGCUGCAUUUAAUUGCCAUUGGAAUCAAUGAUGUUUUGAAUUUUGAUUUUAUGGAUAAACCAUCCGAAGAGUUUUUGAUGAAUGACUCUAUGAGUAACACCAUGAACAUUAAAAGUGCUUUACACCAAUUGGUUCACUUUGGAGCCAUUGAAGCAAAACAAGAUCUCUAUUACCUGACAGAUAUCGGUAACCUUAUGGUUAUAUUUCCAGUCGAACCCAAGUUUUCCAAAAUAAUAAUCUCAUCAAAAUCAAUGGGUUGCACGUAUGGAUGUUUACUCAUUUGAUUAAAAACAUCAUUG